GGAGAAAUGUUGGGUCAAGAUUUAUCCUUUUCUAAAACCCUGAACCCUAGCUUCUCCAUCUUCCCUUUCUCCAUCCGUAAAUCUCCUCCUAGCUCCGUCGUAAGAAGGACCGUUUCUGUUUUACCGGUUGCCGAGAGGAAUUUUCCGUUGGGUGUCAAAAGCUCUGAGCUUUUCCUCAGAAAAGAUGGUGGAUUCCGGCGAGACGUUCGCGCUUUGGCGGGGCGGAGCAAGAAGAAGCCUGGAGGUUCUUCAGGCGGGAGGAUUGAAGGGGAUUCGGAUAUGAGAAAGCAGGUGAAGCGAAAUGCUCGCGAGAAGUCGAAGAAGCUAGCGGAAUCUCUGUUUUAUCGGUUGUAUAAUAACCCUGACAAGAGUCGAAGCAACAUCCUCAGUAGUCACCCGGAUAAGUUCACGGAGGAGGAGCUUGAGAUGAUAGGGCUUGGUUACGAUAGGAUGGUCCGGUUUAUGGAUAAGGACGACCCCAGGUUGCGUCAUCCUUAUGACUGGUUCAAGUACGGAGAGUUUGGGCCUUACUCGUGGCGUGGUGUUGUGGUUGGUGAUCCGGUUCGUGGUAGUAUCUCUGAUGAGUGUGUUACUAUGAUAGGUGAAGUGGAGAAUCAUGAAGAGUUUGAGAAGAUUGAGCAGCAUGAGAUGAAUAUAGAUUUCCAGAAAAGGGUCAAGGAGUUGGAUUCGAAUGUUGGUUUGAGGUACUUUUGGGUUUUCGUUAGGCAUCCGAAAUGGAGGCUCAAUGAAUCGCCGUGGGAGCAAUGGACGUUGGUUAGCGAAGUGGUUGUGGAAGCGGAGAAGAAGCAGAGGCUGGACAAAUGGAAUCUGAUGGGGAGAUUGGGGAACAAAUCAAGGUCUUUGAUAUGUCAAUGUGCGGCUUGGUUUAGACCUGAUGUUGUGUAUGUGAAGAAGCCUGUGUUUCAGUGUAGGUUUGAGCCUCAAGAAGAUUUCUUUAACUCGAUCAUCCCUUAUCUAAACCCGGUAACGGAAUCUGGUUUCGCGUUUGAAGUGGAGGAUGAUGAAGGUAGAGUGGAACUGAGUACUUAUUACGGAGGGUUGUGUAAGAUGUUGAAAGUGAGACAGACGGCUUUUGUGGAUGAUGUGGUGAAAGCUUAUGAGAAGUCGAGCGAUGAGAAGAAGUCGAAAGUUUUGAGGUUCUUGCUCGGGAACCACCCGAUCGAACUGUUGCAUCCGUACACAAAAGAAUGGAAGGCGAAGCUGGAGGAGAUGGAGCUAGGGUGUGAUGCUCCAGAUGAGGAUGAGAUGAAAAUUAGUGGAAACUCAGAGAAGGGUGAAUUCUCUGAAUGGGUUGAGACUGAGGCUGACGAUGAUGAUGAUGGUGACGAUAGUGAGGAGGAGGAAGAAGAUGGUGAUGAUGAUAAUAUGGUAGUGGAUGCGGAAGGAACCGAGGAAGAAGACAGUUUGGAAGGUGAAGUAGAGGAGUUUGAUCCGGAAGAGGAAGAGAGAUAUUGGGAAGAGCAAUUCAAGAAAGCGACAAGUAACGCGGAGAGGAUGGAAAAGCUUGCGGAGAUGAGUAUGGUGGUGUCAGAUAGGUUUUAUGAGAAGCAGUUGAAGGCAAUGGAGGAAAAGGAAAAGGGAGAGAUCGCAGGAGAUGAGCUUGAAAUGAGAGGUAAGAAAGCGAAAGUGAAGCCGGAAGAGUGGAAGACAGUAGGUUAUGGACGGUGGAUGAAGAAGAUCAAGAAGAGUAGAAUCCCACCUGAGCUAUUUCUCCGUGCUGCUGUUAGGCCCUUUGUUUACAGGAACUUGGUGAAAGAGAUUGUUCUGACAAGACACGCCAUUCUGGAAGGCGAGAUUGGUCAAAAAGAGUGAUAACCUCCACCAGUUUAGGUCCUAAAGAAGAAAAGAGUCUGAAUCGUUGAUUUACGUCAUUAGCUUCAGAAGAGAUUAUUCAAGAACUUUCCAACAUCAUGUAUGUAAAUGAGUCGGAAGUUGAACAGUUUUUUGUUAUCAAUGAUUUGUUAAUGUUGCUUCUGCAA